AUGUCAUCAUCCUCUCGCGUUCAUCACUUCAAGCUCGUCCUUUUGGGCGACACCGCUGUAGGAAAAUCCUGUCUAGUAGUACGCUUUGUGCGAGAUGAGUUCUUUGAAUUCCAGGAGCCGACCAUUGGGGCGGCUUUUCUCACUCAGACCGUCCAAUUAGAUGACUCAACUGUUAAAUUCGAGAUUUGGGACACAGCCGGGCAAGAGCGUUACCGUUCUUUGGCACCCAUGUACUACCGUGGCGCUGCUGCGGCCAUUGUGGUUUACGAUAUUACCAACCCUGACUCUUUCACGGGAGCCAAAUCGUGGGUGAAGGAAUUGCAGCGACGGGGAGAUCCCAAUGUUGUGAUUGCCUUGGCUGGAAACAAGGCUGAUUUGGACUCACGCCGAAAGGUCGAGUUCGAAGAGGCUAAUGCCUAUGCCGAAGAAAAUGGCAUUCUGCACUUGGAAACGUCUGCCAAGAACGCGAAUAAUGUCAAGUCACUCUUUGUGGAAAUUGCCGGGAAGCUCCCCAAGAACCCACCCCAGCAGGAGCGCGAAGCCUUCCCGCUGAUGCCGGCUCAGCAGGAAUCCAGGAGCUGUUGCUAA